AUUUCAAGAAUAGUGGCUUUCUUUUAAAUACCUAAAGUUUGGGGACAGAUAACGUUAUUGACCAUCGGUGUUGGUAGAUUGAUAUUGGUUUCUGUAUAAAUGCACCAACUCUUGUAAGUUGAGGGAUGAGGCCAAAGAUGAUGAAAGCCGUGUGUUUGGUUGUGCUAUUUGCGUUUAUCUCCAAAUCAUCAUCACAAACAAGAUCUAUCAUCCAAAAUCCGCAACCUAACCCUAACUUCAACGUCAACUCUACUAAUCAACAGAAUGCACAAACCUGUUCAUUCACUGUGGAUAUCUCGACGAGCUGUUCUUCCGUUAAAUACACUCGAGAUGAAAUCAGUAUCUCCUUCGGCGAUGCUUACGGCAAUCAGGUGUACGCGCCGAGGAUAGAUGAUCCGUCGACGAAGACAUUCGAGCAGUGCUCAAGCGAUACGUUUGAAAUAUACGGUCCAUGUACGUAUCAGAUAUGUUAUUUGUAUUUGUACAGAAGUGGAUACGAUGGGUGGAAGCCUGAGAGCGUAGACGUAUACGGGUAUAAUACGAGGGCGGUUUCCUUCUACUAUAAUGUUUGGGUUCCCGCUGAUACUUGGUAUGGGUUUGAUUACUGUUCUGGUUACUCAGCUAGUUCGCAUAACCAAAUAGGAUCGAUAACAAUCCUCUCAUGUUUAAUCUUUUUCAUAUCUAUCCUAUGGCUUUAGAGUUUAGAUUGAUUUGCCACUUUGUUUCUAAGAUAUGUAGACGAAUAUGAUUUAAAUCGUGAAAUAAAAUUAUAGCUUAAGGAGUAUAUGGAUCAUACCAGUUUUUGUUAUAUUAACUUUUGGUUUUAACAAAGCUAUAAGCAGCU